AUGGAGAUCAGGACUCGACGACUACGACGGCAAACAGUGGAAAAGGAAGAAGAAGAAGAGGAAGAGGAGCAACCGCUUAGCCCCGCGGCACGUCUGUUUCAUGCACCGGAGUUUAACUGCAACAUCAUAUCGGUGAUUGGUUUGAAGACAAAGAUCGAGCCAUAUGUGAUUAUCCAAGGACUUAAGCAUACUUUGAUUCGACAUCCUCGUUUCUCCAGCAACUUGGUGAAUUCUUGGAGCAACAAUAGACAGGAACAAAAAUGGGUAAGGACAAACGUUGUGGUCGAGGAUCACGUCAUCAUUCCCAAAAUCGAAACACAAAACAUAGAGAACGCAGACGCAGACGCUUUUCUUGAGAGCUACGUCUCGGACCUCACUACGAUCCCGUUAGACACCUCCAAGCCAUUAUGGGAAGUUCAUCUACUCGACUUGAAAACCUCGGACGCUGAAAAUGUCGCCAUUUUAAGGAUGCAUCACUCGGUAGGAGAUGGUAUGUCUAUGAUGUCUCUAGUACUCGCGUGUACGCGUAAAACAUCUGACCCCAAUGAGCUCCCGAGCCUGCCGUACAACUACGGGAUGCCCUCUGGAUCAUCUCCGUUAAAAACGAGUUCAAGAUGUUGUUCCCGCUUGUUUUGGCUAGUUAUGUUUCUGUGGUCGGCGUUUGUGUUGGUUUCGAACACGGUUUGUGAUGCUUUGGAGUUUAUUGCUACGGCAUUGUUCCUUAAGGACAGUGAAACACCAAUAAAAGGCGAUUUCUGGUUAAAGAAGAGCAAACGGAUGCGUUUGGUUCAUCGCUCCGUAAGUCUUGACGACAUAAAGCUAAUCAAGACCGCUAUGAAGAUGACUGUCAAUGAUGUCGUACUUGGAGUAUCUCAAGCUGGUCUCUCACAGUAUUUGAAGAGAAGAUACGGGGACCAAGAAGUAUCUAAAAGUAAUAUGCCUAAAAGAUUAAGGCUAAGGGCAGCUCUGCUUGUAAACAUAAGACCGGCUACUGGAAUCCAGGAGCUAGCUGAUAUGAUGACUAAAGGAUCUAAGUGUAGAUGGGGAAAUUGGAUCGGCUACAUUGUCUUCCCGUUCUCUAUUGCAUCAUGCAAGGAUCCGUUGGAACAUCUUAGAAGAGCCAAGUCGAUCAUUGACAGGAAGAAAAACUCGUUAGAAGCUGUUUUUACAUUCGCCCUUGGGAAAUUACUUCUUAAAACAUUUGGAGUUCAGAGGGCAGCUUAUGUGAUAAACAGAGCAUUGUCAAACACAACGAUGUCGUUUUCAAAUUUGGUUGGUCCUGUUGAAGAAAUUAGCUUCUAUGGACAUACCGUUACUUACAUGGCCCCAAGUGUUUAUGGUCACCCUCAUGCGUUGACGAUGCAUUUCCAAAGUUAUAUGAACAAGAUGACGAUUUCUUUAACUGUCGAUCCAACUGUGAUUAGUGAUCCUCAUAGACUUUGUGACGAUUUGGAGGAAUCUCUUAGAAGUAUUAAAGCCGCUGUCCAAGAAAGAGGUUUUAGUCAGUAG